UGUAUAAAAGACAUGAAGAAGUUCAAAGAAGUAUGUGAAAGAGAAUGCAUUGAGUACAAGUUUCCCGACGAUUACAGCACUGACAACUCUUGCAGUUCUCCCAGCGAUACAAGUCCAUGUAACAGCUGUUGUGAUAAUGUACCGACUGUAGAGACAUCGAUAUAUAACAACAUUACAGCAACAGGCUACAACCCGGCGACUGGGAGCUCUAAAGGAGAGGAAUACAACUGCACUUUCGUUCAAAAGGUGUUGCAACCACAACUUACCGAAGCAUCAAAAAGCAGACAACGAAGAGGAUAUGAUUUUAACAAGCAAGAUGAAGCGGAGUUGUCACGUUUCUUGUAUGAGGAUCAAAAGGUGUUGCAACAACAACUUACCGAGGCAUCAAAAAACAGACAACGACGAGAAUGUGACUUUAAUGAGCAAGAGGUACCGUAUGUAGGGACAUCGGUGUAUACAGGAACAAACAGUAUAUCAACAGGCUAUUACACGGCUACUGGGAGUUCAGCGUAUGGUAACACCGAAAGAGGAGAAAACAACAGUGCUUUCCAUUUCGGUGACGGUGAAAGUGAAACCCCAGGUGCAAGUGAUUGUGGAUACGCAUCGUCAGUGUACACUGCAUGUCCAGGUAGAGGAAAAACAUACUCACAACAUGUUCACUAUCCGUUUGUUCAGUCUUCGGAGAAUCGAGAUAUAGACACAUAUGGCUUCCCAUCAAGCUCACAUUACGACUCGCAUACUCUGUGCACGACUCCAACAGAACUGGACACUGGCGAUACGUAUACGUGUAUUGGAGCUGUCCAUAGGACUCAAGAUAGAAACACAUUAACACACUUUUGGAGGAAUGUACUUCGCCCUGUAAUGUGUUUGAAAUGCAUCACAUCCCAGAACAAGGAAGAAGAAUGUCCUCAGCCAAUGAUGAAUACGAGCUCGAGGAAUCAAGCUGGCCUGAGAAGAGCACGUCAGAAACAAAACCAGCAGGACGAAACCAACCACGGGUCACCCAGUGAAAUCAACACCGAUUACAUCACAUUGAAACUUGAAGAUCCCUAUGCAGUAUACAGUAUCGCCUAGACCGGCAACGAUUUAAAUUUAAGCUUUAACGGCAACUGGAAGUCAAUAAGUGUUUAAACAGUGGAUUACAUUUUUCAUUUUUGUAUUCAUUUACAAAAAUCGCACGAUACACGAUCUAAAGAUGAAUUCAUCACUUUGUGAUAUGCUGUUGUUUUAUAUAUGUGUUCUGAUAAAUAGGUUGACUAACUCCGAAAUUUGACUAAAUCUUGUACCUAGUACCCAUUUCUAUUCUCUCGUUAUUAUAAAUAAUAGCGGAAAACGUUAAAAUUGCAUUGAGUAACCUUUUCAAAAUGCCUU